AACGUCAAUCUCCGUCCGUCUGCAGCGGCCGCGCCACUUUUUAACGCAUCUGCGGUGAAAUGUUGUUUUUUCGAGGCGAACGGAGCUGAAAGCAGAAAUCCCUCUCAUCCAUGUGGAUAUUUUUCCCACUCUGGAUCUCACUGCUUUGAAAUUUAACAGGAUUUGUGUCAGGAGAGCCGAAAACAGGAGCCCGACCCCCGCGUGCACACUCCGGGCUCCCAGUCGCGCCUCGAGCAUGAUGUCUUAUCUCAAACAGGCCCCGUACGGGAUGAACGGACUGGGCCUGAGCGGGACCGCCAUGGACCUGCUGCACCCAUCCGUGGGGUAUCCAGCGAACCCGCGGAAGCAGCGCCGGGAGAGAACCACCUUCACGCGCACGCAGCUGGACAUCCUGGAGGCGCUGUUCGCCAAGACGCGCUACCCGGACAUCUUCAUGCGCGAGGAGGUGGCGCUGAAAAUCAACCUGCCCGAGUCCAGAGUGCAGGUGUGGUUUAAAAACAGACGCGCCAAAUGUCGUCAGCAGCAGCAGAGCAGCAGCAGCACCAAGGUGAAACCGCUGAAGAAGAAGUCGUCUCCGAGCAGAGAGAGUCCCGGUUCCGAGAGCAGCGGGCAGUUCACCCCGCCGGCCGCGUCCGGCGCCUCCACCUCCUCCUCCUCUUCCUCCUCCUCUUCCUCAUCCGCCUCCUCGGGCCUGGCUGCACCCGGCGUGAUCAGCACCUCUACCUCCGUCACCGCCCCGGUGUCGUCCAUCUGGAGCCCGGCCCCCAUCUCUCCGGCCCCGGCGCCGGUCACGCUGCCGGACCCGGCCGCCCCCACCAGCGCCUCCUGCAUGCAGCGCCCCGCGCCGUCCGGCGCCGGGGCGACGCCCUCCUACGCGGUGCCGUACAGCCAGACGGCGGCCUACGGCCAGGGGUACCCCCCCCCCGCCGUCGCCGUCGCCGCCGCCGCCGCGUCGGGCUCCUACUUCGGCGGCGUGGAGUGCGGCUCCUACCUGGCGCCCAUGCACUCCCACCACCACCCGCACCAGCUCAGCCCAAUGACGGGCGGCUCCAUGUCCGGACACCCUCACCACCACAUGGGCCAGACGCCGGCGCACCACCACCACCACCACCACCACCAGGCGUACGGCGCCGGCCUCCCCUUCAGCUCCACAGACUGUCUGGAUUACAAAGAGCAGGCGGCGGCCUCGGCCUCGGCCUGGAAGCUCAACUUCAACGCCUCCGACUGUUUGGACUACAAAGACCAGGCCUCGUGGCGCUUCCAGGUGCUGUGACUCCCUGCGCCGCCGCCACGCUGCCAAAGCAGCGACGCUCUGGUUCUGUGAGGAACCGGUAAACUCACGAUGGAGACGUUCUGAAAAGGUUGAGCAGGAUCCUUUUUCUGACCACGUCCUGCACCUUUAGCCGUAAACCUGAGCAGCCGGGACGGAACACAGACGUCACACAGUUAGAACCGACCCCUGGGCUCCUCUGAAGCCUCCUGCAGAAAUAUGAUGCUGCUAUGAUUUUUUUAUCUGAUUUCCAGCUUGAAUGAGAACGUCGCCGUCCAGCCUGUGGGUGUUGUUUUCUGGAGAUCAAAUUGCAGCACUUGUUUAUGAGGUGAAAGAUUUUGCUAUUUGUUCUUUGCAGAGGAAAGAAAAUAAAAAGAAAUGUGAAUUAGACACGUAAUGUCAGCAAUCGCUUGAAGUCUGAAAGAUGUACAUUCGUGUCUUUAUAAUAAAGUUUGGUUAAAACACAAGCAGUAAAGGCAAAGUUUGUG